CAUUGUGGAGAUGACUAAGAAGAUGAAAGCUAAAUUUGAUAAAUAUUGGGGUGAAUGUAAUCUUCUCAUGGCUUUUGGUGCUGUGAUGGAUCCAAGAAUGAAGUUUGUUGUAAUCGAGUUUGCCUACCCUAAGAUAUAUCAUGGAGAUGAAAGCAUGAGGAAUGUGCAGCAUGUUAAAUGUCUUCUCUAUGAAAUGUAUGAGGAAUAUGUUAGAAGUUCUGAAGCCGAAUUGGAUGGUGAUGGUGGUAUUGCAGGAGGGAGUUCAAGGAGCACAACCAAUUCAUUGCAAAGUGUAGACCAUCAAUCUACUUCUAAAAAAUAUAGUGGUUGGCAUGAUUUCACCUCAUUUGUCUCAUCCAAAACAAGCACCAGGCCUAUAAAAUCAGAUUUAGACAACUACUUGGAAGAUGGCUUAGAACUUUGUAGUGAAGGGCAGAAGUUUGAUGUGAUAGCAUGGUGGAAAAACAAUCAAGCCAAAUACCGCAUACUUUCAAGAAUGGCAGUGGAUAUUUUAUCCAUCCCUGUUAGUACAGUUGCUUCAGAGUCCACUUUCAGUGCUGGAGAAAGAGUAGUUGAUACAUAUCGAUCAAAAUUAGGGGUUGACACUGUGCAAGCUCUCCUUUGUGGUUCCAACUGGGUUCGCUGCCACUAUGGCUUGAAGGGAAGGGUUAAGGAGGAAGAAGAAGAUGAAGAGGUGGAGAUUGUCUUACCGAUUAUAUGAAAAAAUCGAAGGUAAAAAAUAUAGUGUGAA